UUUGGUUUGCAUCACCGGAUUGCUUCUGAACCUCACAAUUGUGUCUUUUGUGUUCUCACAGGAUAAUGCUGACAUUGUAGACGGAUCAGAAGGGGAAACCAAAUCCGUCAAUGCAAGGAAGAGAAAAGUAAAGGAGACGCUCUCAUCCUUAGGCAUGAAUGUUAGAGAGAAUUGCAACCCUCCUGUAAUCGCGGUCUUGGGAUCGGGGGGUGGAGUCCGCGCCAUGAUUGGCUUUCUGGGAACAAUCUCGAAACUGGCCGAACUCAACCUUUUAGGUGCCGUUACUUACAUUGCUGGUAUAUCAGGAUCAACAUGGUGUAUGUCCUCUCUGUAUUCGCAAGAAAACUGGUCAGACUUUUCGGACAUGGAACGAUUGGAGAUGAAGUUACGCGAGCGAAUGAAAUCGGAGACUGAGCGGGAAAGUCCAUGGAAGAAGAUAAAAGAGAAAUUUCUUGGAGACUCGUACACUCUGACCGAUUUCUGGGCCUAUACGUUUGUCUUACGUGCCUUGAAUUCAAUCAAUGAAGGGAAGCUGUCCAAUCACAAGGAGACGUGUGAGGACGGCGAGGUCCCUUAUCCCAUCUACUCUGCUGUGAGGAAGUACAAAAUACACGAAAGCAAAGCAGAAGCUUGGUUUGAGUUCACCCCACACAGGUCCGGAUUUCCUGCCUAUGAAUGCUAUGUAAAGACCGAACAUCUGGGGUGUCGGUUUAAAGGAGGACAGAUCUUGGAGGAGCAGCCAGAACAUGACUUGAUUUAUCUUCAAGGAUUGUGGGGCAGUGCGCUCGGCUACGAUUGGGUUUGGUUGUUCUUUCAUGACACCUACAGAAAAUUGAUCAAAGGACUGAUUAGAGUAAAAAAUGGAAGUGUGAGCUUCUUCAAAAGAGCCUGGAAUUGGAUUUCCUGGAAAAAGCACGAUGAGCCAAAGAAGAUGUAUAGUCCGCCAAUUUAUUUCGAUGAGCCAAUGUAUAGUCCGCCAAUGGAUCACGAUAAUUUAAAGAGGACGCAAAUUCGUCAAUCCUGGUCUGAGUAUAUUAGAGAGAAGUAUGAAGAUGCUAUAGCAAUGAAGAACAUCGCAUCUUGUCUUGUGAAGUGGGAAUGGGGAACAACAAACAAUUUCCUCUACAAAUGCAAAGAUAAAAUCUCGGAAAACUGCGACCUCUUCCAUAAAGAGAGCAUCAGUCUGGUGGACGCCGGGGCGGAAAUUAAUACUCCGUACCCGUUGGUGUUACCUCCUCAUCGCAAAGUAGAUCUGAUUUUGUCUUUCGACUUCAGUCAAGGAGAUCCAUUCAAGACAGUAAAAGAAACAGCUACAUACUGUAAGGAGAACAAGGUUCCCUUUCCAGAAAACACUGAA